GUGAAUCUUACCUGUAGAUCUAGAAAGGGCAAUUCAAACAUAGCAACCAGUGACUGCGCCAGGGUAUGCUGAGAUAGUUUUAGUCAUCGGACCAACAGAGGUGGUGAAAAUCGCACAAAAUGACGAGUCCUCUUGCCGGCGAGCGGCGGGGUGAGAUAGCCGAGUCGUUUCAUCAAAAGGCCAAGAUUCACCGAAAGGAAGCAUGGAAGCUGAUAGAGUACCGUCUUUUUGCUAAGUUUGAUAAUUUUGAUAUAUUUCAAUUACGUAUGAAAUGGGCCCUCGAAAAAUAAACUGAAUGAUCAAGGAAAAUUGGCAGUGAUUCGCCGUUCUCCCUUUUCUAUUGAAAUCGACUCUGAUGAUCCGUUCCUCCAGAAAUUUUGGUUCGUUGGGCAAAGACUCGCUUUUUCUCAAAUAGCGUGCUUUUUUAAUCAACGCAACCUAGAUUGAACUGUUGAGAUUAAUCCCAGAAGCGCGCAUCUCAUCGUGUCUUCUGUUUCAUGACUCAACGACAAAUGCUUCAAGUUUCCCCGCAUACAGAAUCCACAUUCCGCUUGCCCCUCCUCUGUUUCGGGUCGAACUUAUGUCCCACCUCGGCGGCCUCAGUCGCAUUGGCUUUGGCGUUCUAAUUUUUUCCGGUUCGUUGGGCAAAAACUCGCUUUAUUUUCAUAGCGUGCUUUUUUAAUCAACGCAACCCAAAGCAUCAGCUGAGAUUAAUCCCAGAAGUGCGUUUUAUGUCGUGUCUUCUGUUUCAUGACUCAGCGACACAUUUGAAGAAAGUUUGCAAGGAAAACACAGGCUCUCGGCUCGAAAUCAGGGACCGUCCUGGUUUUUAUCCUACAUGAUGACACAUCUCUUUGGUCCGUGUUUCUGAUACACUUUGCUGUGUUGAUGAAAUCGGAGAAUUUUUGUUUCAAGACGGGUCUGAUUUUUGUAAUUUCCGAUUCUCAUCUAGCAUCGCUGCAGUAAAUAUUGCACCCUCGGCCUGUGAAAGCAGUGCCGCUGUUCCAUGAUGACACAUCUCUUUGGUCCGUGUUUCUGAUACACUUUGUUGUGUUGAUGAAAGCGGAGAAUUUUUGUUUCAAGACGGGUCUGAUUCAGAGAUCAUUUCGUUGAUCUGGCAUCUACCUAACAUUGGACGAUGCAUUUUCACAGAAAGCUACAAUAACAAACACAACCUCCCCCAGGGCCCAGAUGCGCAGUGACCCUUCAACGCACGAUCCGUUAAACCUGGUUUCCCAGUGGCGGAAGCGGAAGCGCGACAAGAGAAUCGCGGAGCGGGACCUGCAGGCGGCGCUGUCGAGGGUAGUGAAGCACGACGAGGAGCACCGGUAUGGGGUGGACCAAUUUACAACCUAUCUGCGGGAGAAGAGCGACUUGGCGCAGAAGCGAAACCGAGUGGGAUUUUGUUUGUUUUUGUCGUGUUUUGGAGCUGCUAGACCGCUUUUGGAACUCAAACUUCGUGUAGAGUCUUCACAGAGGCGAUUUCCAUAGCAUCACUUGCAUGAGACAGAGUGAAAAUUUGAGAACUUUCAUUUGAUACAGUUGCAAACUCUCGGUCGGGCUUCGUUGGAUAAUCGGAUGCGUCUGCAAACGAAAGAUCUGGACUUCCAACUCAACCUCGAUCGAGUGAAGCAUGAAAGCAAGCGGCUGGUGGCGGACAAGGUUAGUAUAGUAAGUUACUUUCUCAUGCGGAAGAUUGGUUGCAAAUGCAACAGCAAUUGCACUCAUCCUUGGUGAAAUAAUGCUGCCUGUGCAUUGAAAACGUUAGCGUCACAUGUCGUUCUUUCGAAAUUUCAGCACUCGAUGUUCGCGCGCUACAAAUACGACGGGUGGGGUGGCAACACGGAGAUGUAUCGACUCACUACCUACCACAACGAGUACACGCGAACACGACUCCGGAGCAAGAAGGCCUUGCAAAAGAUUGUCGCGCCGUGGGAGAGCAUGUCGAUUUCGUCAUCAGAACUUGGGCCGCUGGUAGCCUGAAUUUGGGAGACAAGAUGCUUGUUGUUAUGCAGUGCUUGUCACACUAUGCACUUCAAAAAAUCACGAAAUCAAAAUGUGUGACGCGCGGUGUCAUGUCUACUACGUAUGCUCAAAAUGUGUGACGCGUGUCCACCACUUCUGCUCAAAUCAUCUCACCUUCAGACCACCCUCCGCUCUCCCUACCUAACCGGUGGAUACGGCAACACCACGUUCGGGCAACCGAGCAAGCUGCUUGGCAAGUCCAGCUACCGUCGCUGCCAGUCGGAGCCACGGCUGACGGACCCGGUGAAGGCGAUUCUGGAAAGCGAAAUCUACAGUUCCGAGCAGGAGGCCGAGGAUGUUGCGAUUGGGCUAGAAGAAGCCCCAAAUGUAAAAAAGGGUGCUCUUUCAUCUUCUUCCCUGUCCUCAGCCUUCGUCGGCGCCACGGAAGAAGACCGCGCGCGGGAGUUCACACGAACAUUGCGAUCGCUGCAAAACCUGAGCAACGAGGAGUACCGUGCGGGGAUUUACGCGUUGGAUGCGCAGAUGCAGGAGCUGAAGAUCACGGAGAAGAGUAACAGCGCUGCGAAGUCCAGUGGCGAGGGGGUAUUCGCGCACUUGCUGACAUCGUCGAAAGCGGCGACCAACGGUAACAAACCGCAGAUGAACGUUAUCAGCAGCAACAGCAGCUCCUUCCCCGGUUCUUUGAGUAGACAUACAACCACCUCCAAAGGGUCCCCCGGCGAGUACUCGUCCUCUGCGAGUACCCAAACUGGGUCGCCUGUUGACAGCAGUUCUCUCUCCUCUCCCACCGAAAUCAGCAGCACCGCGACGCCGUCGCCCGCGGAAGCGUUUGGUCCUUUGGGGCAGUUGAUACUGACGCAGCAGACGAUACCGCGCCCAACCGGCCCGCCGAACAAAUUGUCUGUCGUGGUGGAGGAGGACGUCGAGGUGGACGAACUGCCCCCGGUCCCGAAGUUUGCCAUGCGGCGACGGAACGCGGUUGAUUACACCGGGAAAAACGAGGCGCAGGAGGUGGAGUUUUUGGCGUCGGUGCCCAGCGGGUAUUUGCAGAAACGGAGAAACGCUGUCGAUGGAACAUCAAGUAGUGCAGGUCCUUCGGAUGUAGGAGCUCUUCUCGGGGAGAAAAACAAUUUGUUGAUUGACAGAAAGCAAAUUGACACGAUCCUUGCAAAACAGGAAGCACCGGUUAAUACUACUUCGGGACAAGAUUUCAUCUCGGAGGAAGAGGCCACAACAUCAUCGUCUGAGGAAGAGGAAGAAGAAGAUUCAGAACAUCAGCCACCUGCUUCCGCACUACAGCGACGAAAAGCCAUUGAUCACACGGCGGACGGAUCGCAGUUGAAGGUUUCGACGUCAUUGGAGUCCGCCAUCGAGACCGGUUUUCCAGGCCCAGUUCCGGACUUUGCGAAAAGACGCAGGAAUGCGGUGGACCACACAGCAGAUAAGACGAAGGAGAAGAUCGUGGACGAAUUGGAAGCAGCGAUAGCAACUUCUUCUGCUGCCGAAAGUGCUACAAUUCCCCCGCCACCCUUCGUGUUGAAGAGGCGAGGUGCAAUCGACCAUACGGGAGACGGCACAGCAGAAGAGGUCGCGGAACAAGCAGCUGCCCUAGCGUAUUCAAAAGACGGCGAGGACGACGAUACUGUGGAAAAUUUGCCAAAGCCGCCGGCGUAUGCGUUAAGACGGAGAAGGGCGGUCGACCACACGGGUGACGGAUCGGUCCAGGCGGUCGUUGAUCUGCUGAACAAAUCCAGCGUUGAAAGUGAGGAAGAAUCGGACGAGGAGGCUGUGGACGAUGACAUUUUCGCGGGUCCCCCCGCGGCCUACGCGACCAGAAGGAGAAACGCGAUCGACCAUUCGGCGGACGGGUCGAAAGCAAACCUGGUCGAGGAGUUGGAAGCAGCUGUGGAAGAUGAAAUAGGGGAACAAGCAGGUGACGUAGCAGAAGCCGAUAAUUUUCCCAAAGAGCGACUUCCAGUCUACGCCACCCGAAGGAGAAACGCGGUUGACCAUACCGGCGAUGGGUCGCAGAGAGAAAUCGAAGCGGAGCUGAAGGAGGAGGAUACCGUAGAACACUUGCCAAAACCACCUGCUUUUGCCCAGCGCCGUAGGAAUGCGGUGGAUCACACCGGUGAUGGGUCAAGGGGGAAAGUCUUGGAAGAGCUGGAGAUAUCAUCUUCUCCGGAAGACGCAGAAGAUGUUGAACAAGCAGAUGAUUCUUUACCAGCACGACUACCCGCGUUCGCAACGCGCCGAAGAAAUGCGGUGGACCAUACUUCGGAUGGAUCGAAAGCAAAAAUAGUAGCCGAACUGGAGGAAGUAACAGAACAAGCAGAUGCAGUAGACAUCACGGUUGAAACGAUGGCGAAGCCACCGCCGUUUGCCUUUCGGAGAAGGGACGCUGUGGACCAUGGUAACGAGGGCUCUGCGGGGGCUUUAGCCGCGGAAUUGCUGCGGAGGAUGGAGGAGAAGAAGAAGAUGCAAAAAAAGCACCACUUCACGGCCGAGCAGACCUUGGUGAACGCGUCGAAGUUUAACGAAGAACUGGCAAGGACGUUGUCCUUUUCCUCUUUUCUACCAACGAAAAUGCGGCUCGGGCGCAGAAACGCUGUCGACCACACGGGCGAGGGGACUGCUGCUACGGGGGGUGGUGUGUUUUCAACAUCCAAAUUCGUUGGCGACCGGGCGUACAGGAAGAAGAAGAUGCCAGCGGGUAUGGAUGUUGUGACUAGCUGGAUAUUUCAGUUACAGUGAAGUAGAGCAUGAUCUUGUUCAUGCUAACAGUGCAACAUAGUUGGCAGGAAGGUUUUUCACUGACUAUCAAGAAAAAAAAGACUACAGGUGGCCGAAUUGUCGCUGAUACAGGCGAGAGCUGCAACAAAUUUGAGCACGAGUACUGGGGCGAAAGCGAGGACGAAGAGGAUGAUAGCAUCACUGCGAAAUCGUUAACCACUUUUCUCGACUUCCUCAUUUCCCGCAACCUCACGGUGGAGCAAGCGUACUGCAUUGCGGACGAAAAUGACUCGGGCGACUUGAGUCGGUACGAGUUCUGCGACGCCAUGACCCAUCUGCACUACACCGGGGGGACGGGGUAUCGCAAGAAAAAACUGUUUCACUGUGAACUUGUGAUGCAUAGAAUGGAGCAUACAACUAUUUGUCUUGCUACACAUACAAGACAUUGGGUUUUUCAAUGUGUUUUCCCUUAGGAACCACGCAUGGCAAGUUUUCUUGGUCAUGUGUAACGAACUUGUAAUGCAAAACUUGGAAAAUCCUUACAGUGAAACACUUUUUUCGUACGAUACGGGGAACCUCGGUGCGAUUUUCGCGCUGCUAGACAAAGACCACAAUGGAACCAUUAGUAAGGAGGAGUUUUUCCAGCUCAAGCCCUACUACCAGAGGAGAAAGCAAGGGUUUCGAUAUUAGACGAAGACAUGGAAAAACGAAUCUGUGUGAUGUGAUCCGACAAGGACGUGGAAAAGUGAAAUCUAGAUAAAAAUGGAAAGCAACGUGAUCCAAGCAGUAAAAUGCUUGCACUUUGAUAUAGCAUUAUGGACAGAUGAAGAAACUGUACAGAUAAUAUCGAGCAGGUGAGUUUUUGCUUUGUGAUGCAGGCACAGGUCAUUGUGCUAAGUGUUGUUUUCGUGCGCACUGUUGUGAUUUGACAUUUUUUAAGGGCGACGGAAUGGCUGCCGCAGCUGCAGAAGUGUAUCCUGAAGACACAAUAUCGAAUAAACCAUGAAUUUUUUGUCCUGUACUUAUUACGAGAAAGCGAAUUUCCUGCAACACAUGGACAGAACGGUUACCUCUGACCAGGCUCACGGCUCAGAUAGAAGUGACGCGGCGGUCUUCUUGCGUCGGAUUUUUAACGGAUACGGACUCAAUUACAUCAUGAACGUAUUUUAGUAUCGAGUCUUGUACACAAGCUGGAUAUUCAGAAAACUCGAUUUGAAGAGAAGAUCUACAGUACGAAGCGUAGUAAAUCAGAAAGAGACAACAUCAAGAGGAUAUUACAGUCAGUAUAGCAUGAACCCCUGUUAAUGAUAAGCGGUUGAAAUGUGUUUGGAACAUAAAUGAU